GAUUUAACUUGUGGUAAUUUAAAAUGUUGACUUGUUGUCGCUGUCGCAAUAUUUUGUCAGAUUGCAAAAGGAUGGCUUGCUUUCUCGUAUGCUGUGUGAUCGCUAUGAUAACCGGAUAUCGUGUUCACAUUUGGUUGAAACACUACAAUAAACUGGCGCCCAAGAUGAUGAUCUCAGCUUACGAUGGAUUGCACCGGGACCUGCCAUUUCCAAUGGUUAGCGUAUGUAACAUUAAUCCUACAAAAGGCAUCGACCUUUACAAUCCGCACGCAACCAGUCCCACCAGUCGCGGCUUGGACUAUGAGCUUUUCUCCGAUGCAUAUCAGGGUCGUGUGACGGAGGACGCGCCCAAAGAGAAACUCAAAGUGCCUAUUUUUCAUUUUCUCCAACGAGUGUCCCAUCGUUUGACUGGCAUGUUGAAGGGAUGUGUUGUCAAUCACCGUUGGUGUUCCGCGCUAAAUUUUACCCGCAGUAUCUUGCCAACCGGUGCUUGCUACACCUUCAAUGGAAGAACGGAUGAUUUGGAUGAACUACAGUUGACACUGGAUCCACAAAGCUAUGACUACAUGAUACCUAACGAAGGUUUUGUUGGCUUCCGCAUACUGCUGCAUUCACGAGGAGAUCCCCUUUGGACUGCAAUGCCCGGAUCCAUAUACGCUGGACCAACCUUUCACACCAUGCUGCGAGUAGUUAGUCUAAAAAAAGUAUACAAACAGCACUGCGUUUCUCAAUCACAAUGGGCUCGCUGCAUGCAUCAGUGCCUGCUGGAAUCUUUGAAAAAACGAUGCCAAUGUGAAAUAUAUAGUUGCAAUCUUCUGAAUAUGAUGCAUUGCGGAGUCAAAAUGAACACACUGUUGGAGUACCUUCCACCGAGCCAGUGCAACUGCCCAAACCCAUGUGAACAUAUCACCUACUCAGUGGAAUCGGUCACGCAAGCUUUGAAAAACCCCUUGUUUGCUCAUAGUUCAAACACCAUACCCUUCCGAGACCCGUCAGCAGCGUUGACUCAAGCCAACUUUCCUUGGCUGGUGCAACGUGAUGGGGAUACCUCCUACAGACGCCGCCACUUACAUGAAAAUUUUAAGGAAUUAACCAGAGAGCUCGAAGAACAAAAGAAGGAAAUUUGGGACGGCUCUCUCAUUCAGAUAUGGGCGUUUUUGAGAGAAUCCAACCGCACGGCCUUUGAACAUUUGCGCCAGCUUUCUCGUCUGCUACAAAGCCUCCACAUGGAUUUGGUAACUGUGGAAACUACAGUUGCUGCUCUGGAUAUUAGCGACGCUAUUAAUGUUUUUGAUUGGAGCAAAACGAGUUCAGCUGUGGGUCACAACUCACUUCGUUUACGGAAUAGGUUAUAUGGAGCGAGAAGAGCCUGGAGUGCGCUAUGCACGAAUAACGAAGAGUACAUCCGCAUUCUCUCUAGAAUACGUCAUCUGGGGGAGGAAUUUGUCAGGUUAUUUCGUCGGAGCGUCCUGUUCCGUGAUAUAACCACGAUUCCUGGAGAGGACUUCCAUGUUCACCUUGUACGCCUAUUUUUCAUGCGGGUCGAAGCCGAUAUGGACUAUUUGGCUAACCAGUUGCAGCAUAAUGAUCUAUUCUCAGAUGUGACAAUGUUGGACAUACAACGCAAGACACAACAAUGCGAUCCUUCCGGUGUUGGAGGAGCAGUGCAAACGAAUUCCGACGUUGAGACCAACGGUUCAGCCGCCCCCAGCAAGGAACUGCUCCCUGAUAGUCAAUUAACACUGACCAAUGGACACGAAAACAUUGGCAGUCUGCAAGCGGUCCUCCUGGCGACGGACUCUCAGUUUAAACAAUUUCGGUCUGCAUUUUUAAAGCUAACGUUGGAGAACCAAGAGCUUAUCGAAACCAUUUCUGCGGAUCGUCUAAAACAUAAAACAGUGGUCGGCUCCGAUCAGAGUUAUGUCACCGUGACGAUCGAAAAGACGCGCGAUAGAAAUCGGCUGGUCCGACUGGAAUCAGUCCAAGCAAUUUACAACCCUUUCACGGAGCUUGUUGACGUCGUUGUAUCCGGUUUGGUCCUUGCCUUUUUGUCAAUCUUUCUACUGGAUCUGUGUUUUUCCGCUCGCGGUGCUGGGCCCAUCUGUAGUGGCUGCUCCGACACAAACACCCGACUGGAGCCCUACGGUAGUGAAGAUAUUGGUACAAUAAAACCUUGCUCGUGUGUAGAAACGAUGAAAUCCACCUAUUUGCAUCCCGCGGCUUUUACUCGCAUCCCACACGCUUUCGAUGCCUUACAACCAUUCCCUGAUCGGGUCACUAACAAGUCGCAGGCCGCAAACCAAUUAGAUGGCUAUUUUCACUCUCAUGUUCGUUCCGGUUGCGCCACUAUGGAUAGAAAAACUGCAAUUCCUCAGUCGAAAAUCACCUGUACUUCAACGCAAGUGAAAAACGAUUACAUAAGCGAAGCACACUCCCCCAGACGAUGCACAGUUGUUAAAUCAAGUUUAAGACCGCACACCAAGUGUGAGACGAACUUGGACGCCACAGGGUGUUCAAUGUUCCAUAUGCCGGAAAUGUCCUUAAGAAGACCAACAUUUGGGAAUUUCACGGAUGUGCUUACCGUUUCGAACCCGAACUGCGCUGCCCCUAGCAAGCCAUCUGGAACCCGUGAAAAGGAACAAUACGCAGCUGUGAAUCCCAGCACCCAGAACGUGCUGGCCAAAUCUCCACCCACUUUAGCUGCAACCAAUCGGCUUCACUCACCUGCUGGUCGAAAUCCAAACGACUUCCCAUCAGAGGCCAUUGCCGUUCCUGCGCGAUCUCAGACUGAAUCAGUGUAUACAGACCAGGCGUUUUCUACGAAUUCAGCUUCCACAGCAGAAACGCAGAGUGAUCAUAGUGUGAUGUCGUACAGACCGUGUGAAUGCGUACGCAUUUUGUCAGCUCACUACCCAUCAGAAGUUCGGUGUCGGCCCGGUUGCUCCUGCGAGAUGGUUUCAAGUACUAUGAAUAUGCCGGAAAAUUGCAGGGCGAGCCCAACCACUCCUCGCGUUCAAGAGCUACAUACCUUUGUUCAGCUGGCUACUCCCUUGGGCACUGAAACUGACGUCUCAUAGUCAAACGUAACACAACUCGUGCUAGAAAAUGUCCUGUGUCAUGUUUUUCCACUUGCGAUCAGUUCAUGCAAACAUAUCAACGUUAAUAGAUAAUGAGGACUAUGCGACGAUUACCAUCAUGGUGGUCGCACGGCAGCGAAGCAUCAGUUCAAGCGCCUGAUGUUAUGGUGCUGAUGUUGAUUCCGGGGGACAUUUGUCUGCAAAACUUUCCCUACUCCAGUGGCUUGUUGUUCUUCUGGGCUGUCUUUUCGCAUUGCCGAUGCAGUGGAGUCUUGCAUUGCUUGGAAAAUCCCUCUGAAAUGUACCCUCGCUUAUCACUCCGACCGCAGUUUUUAUUUCACUCAAUAAUCUUUCUUCCUCGCUGCCAGGACCGCUCGUACACUGAUCCGCGUCCUCAUGAAUCCCGGAUGUUGGGUCAUCCUAUCAUAAACCCUGCGUGCUUACAUUGCUAGCUGUUCUAUACACCCACACCUUUGUCCAGUGAUUCACCACUUAUUGAUGCCUUCACUCCCUCUACACUUCUAACGAUGAUCUCACAUUAUUUUGUCGAUUUUAACUUCCCCCCAAUGCAUUUGAUCUGAUGUUGCUAUCCAUGGUGUCGUAACACUGUUACUACUUUCUAUGAGCAAUGCACAAGUCAUGCAUUUGACAUUCAACUGUCUUGUAUGUGUGUGCGUUACGUUCAACUCCAGCCCUUUCCACACUUUAUCAUUGGAC